CUCUACUCGAUUUUAAAUUUUUAGCAAAAUAUGUAAUAACUGAUAAAUCGUAAUGCCCCAUGUGCCAUGACAAAGUAUGUGUAUUUUUUCUUGGGUUUUCCUCAGUUAUCUACGACUACGAUAUUAAUUGGUUUAUGGCUACUACCUAUAUAGUUACUGCAAAUAUACCUAUAGUGGUUUCGAUUUUUCUUCGUUCAAUGUUCAGUUGCCGGUAAUUAUUACUUUUUGCAGUUAAAAUUAUUUUUAAUUUCUUUUCAUCCGUUGUACGGUCUUUUUACUCACCAUCGCAAUCGAAAUGGCUGGCGAGAAUAACUUCUGUAAAUAUAAUGAUCUGCUAUAUUAUGAUAAAAAUGGAUCAAAAAAUAAUGGAAAUUUAACUCCGAUAUAUGGACCUUAUGAAAAACUUCACCUUAGUGAUUGGGGUCAAUCAAAUAUACACCAUGAGAUUGUACAGGCCUUUAAUAAAAUGAAUAUAAAACAAAUGAAACCGAUACAACAAAAUUCAUUUUUAUAUUUAAUGAAUCACUAUAAUACAGCAAUGGUUGGCUUUUCAAAAGGAAAAUCUAUUUCUUACUUAGCAAGUAUUUGUUCUUCAGUUUUGAGCAAUAGUAAUGAUGAAAUGAAAAGUUUUGUUAUUGGGCCCAAAGCUAUUAUUCUAAGUAGUUCUUUAGCAUCAUGCUCUAGAUUAGAAUAUUUAUCGAAUGAACUUUUCUCCUCAACUAUAAAAAAGAAUAAUGUUGCUAUAGCUUAUGAAUCCAUUUCAGUGCAACACACUAUAGCAGCUUUGUGUAAUGGAUGUGAUAUUUUAAUUGCUACUCCAACAGGUCUCCAUAAUUUGUUAACCCAAACAAAAAUGUUUAAUUAUUCAAAUCUAAAACAUUUUGUUUUUGAUAAUAUAGAUCUACUACUGGAUAAUUAUAAAAAUCAAAUGCCUCACUUUCUUCAAAUUUUAACAGAACUUAAAAAAAAAGAAGAAAAAUACGGUAUACAAUUGAUAUCGACAUCAGUCAAAUGGAAUAAAGAUGUAGAUAUAUUUUUAAACCAGUUGUUUGUAAAAUGGCAGUAUAUUUUUGGCUCUCCCUUAGAAGCUGCUCGCUAUAUGAAAAUAGGGUUUAAUCUUGUACAAGUCAAAGAUGAUAAACUAGAAAAAAUACUAGAAUUUUUAAAAAAUAAUACAAAGUACCUUCGAAGUGUUUUGGUUACAUCAGAUUCUGAUGAACUAGGCAUAAUUUCUAGUUAUAUUCAGCAACACGAUUCUAGUAUAGAGGUUCUGGUGCCAAAUCAAAUGAGAAUUUCUAAUGUAUAUACAUUGCAACAAUGGAAUGAGCCAUUAGAAAAAAACCAACGUGUAUUAAUUUGUAGUGAUAAUAUGAUGAUUGAUUUGUAUGUUGUUGAUGCMGAUUGUCUAAUACAUUAUGAUAUUCCAACUGACAAACAUAAAUUUUCAAUAAGAUUCAGUGUUUUAGAUAAUUCUAACAAUGUUUUUAUAAAUAAAAGGCGUAGUAGUUAUAUAUUUUUAAGUAACAAUAUUAAAGACAUGUUGCAGUUGCCAAAAGUGGUUGAAGUCAUGAAAGAUUUUGGUAAUGGUGAAGUGGAUCCUAUUUUGCUGAAACAUGCUAAGAAUAUAAAUGACUCUUUAGAAAAAGAAAAGAAAAAUUGUUUAUUAUGCAGUGAAAUACUACAAUUUGGUUAUUGUUCUAAACCUAUGACAUGCCAGAGUCGUCACAUUUUAUUCAAACAAGUUGAUGAUCCCGGUGUUAAUAUUCCUAGAUCUGGAUUAGCUAUUGUAAAAAUUUUAAAUGUCUAUGAUGCAUCUCACAUGUCUGCCAAACUUUUGAAACUGAAUUGUACAAAUACUCUCAAUGAUGAGCAAUAUUGGUCAAAUGUUAUAGACCAUUCUGAUACCAUUAAUCAUAAGCUCAAUUCACACUUUUCAAAAAGGGACUCUGAAGUUCUUCAUGAAAAACCUAAUCCUGGAGAUAUUGUUGCUGUACAGAUUGAUUCUAGUACUAGGAAAAUAAACAAUACUGCAUAUUUCAGGGCUCUUGUUAUUAAUGUUGUUGACAAAAAUACAACAAACCCUAAAGUGAAAGUUAAACUAAUUGAUGAAGGAUAUGUUGAAACUAUAUCGAAAUGGAAAGUGUUUGUGUUACCUGAUAUGUUAAAAAGUAUACAUACUACUAUUGUGGAUAUGUUUUUGGCAUCUGUAAAACCAAUUGGCUUUGAUAAAACAUGGUGUGCUCAAGCAAACCAUCGUCUUAUAAAACAUUUGAAAGAUGUUACUAUUUGCAAUAAUACAAUUAUUGUAAAGGUUAAAAUGGCACUUGGAACUACCAUAUGGAUCCAAAAAUUGUAUGAAAAAUAUUGGGACUCAAAUUUAAAAAAAUAUGAAUUCAAGGAAAUUUUACCUGAGAUUUUGUUAAAUAAUGGCUAUGCAGAUAUAAAUUUUGAACACAUAGAUAAUCUAAGAGAACUCAGUAUUUCAGCUGGUAUUUCCAAGCCACUACAAAUAGAAAAGAAUUUUAUGGAAAAUAAAGAACUAAGCAUAGAAGAAUUCAUGUCUAUUUAUAAAUUGCCUCAACCCCAAUGGGCUCAUCUGGACCAAAGUGUCACUUUGGUUUCUGUAGACUGUAUUAUUAGCCAUAAACUGUUUUUUGUUGGAAAUAACAAGUACUAUGAUAGACUUGACAAUCUUCAACUAAUGAUUGAUAAAUAUAUUGAAGAAAAACAGUUAACAAAAUUAAAACAUAUUAUUAAUGGAGCACUUUGUUUAGCCAAAUAUCCAAAAACUGAUAAGUUUAACCGUGUCAAAAUUAUUGAAAAAUCUGGUAAUGGAUUUGUUGAAGUUUUAUUUGUUGACAAAGCUGAAUUUCUUAAUAUUAAAAUUCAUUUUUUGCUUACAAUACAUCCAGACCUAAUCACUUACUUACCAUUUCAAGCGAUUGAAUGCAGUUUAAGUGGCGUUAACGAUAAAUUACCUACAAACAACGAGCUGGAUGAACUAGUUGGCUAUUUAUUUGAUAUCAUGCCAAAUUCAUUAUAUUUAAAAGUUAUUAACACUAUUUCAUCAACAACAUAUACUGGCGGUAGUCACUAUGAAGUGAUGUUAUAUGAUGCAGACAUUACUGUUAAUUUGGAGUUUCAAACAAAAUUCAGUCAAUACUGUGACGAUUUCCAAAUGUCUGAAUUGUUAAAUAUUAUAAACACUGAGUAUAAUAAAGAUACUUCUAUAGAAGAUGAUAAAAAUAUUCCAUAUGUUUUUGAUGAAAAAAAAUUUGAAAUUGAAGAUAUGAAUCCUGAUGAACUGAAGAUAGAACAAGAAUUUUUUGAUAAACUUGGAACUGUGGUUUUUGGAGAAGCUUAUGCAAAUAUGUUUAAACGUGCAGAUCAAAAUAUUGUGGAUGUUAAAAAAGAAGAUUUCUUAAAAAUCACUGAUAUGACACCAGUAAAUGAAAAUGGGCCUCCUAAAGUUUGUGCUAACAUUGAACCAAUUAAAACUAAAGAGAUAAGUCCUAAUAAUGAUACAGCUAUACUUAAUGAUAUGUAUGAGCUAAAUAAUUGUAAACAAAAACUAAAGGAAAAAAGACGAAACAUUUGCUUAACAUGUAAUACUAAUAUACGGUCAAUUAUUCCUGUAUGUACUUGGCAUGAAGAUAGAAAUAAUAUUUAUUUAAAACUGCAUAUCCUUGAAAUAGAUAAUUUCAAUGUUGACUGUACAAUGGAGGGUAUUAAGUUUAAGUCUCAAUUCAAAAAUUUUUCGUAUGAGUUUUGUGUUAGACUCUAUGGUUUAAUUCUUGAUAAAAGUAUAACUUAUAGACAUAAUUAUGAAGGAUUCCAUAUCAAAGCUGAAAAAUUGUACAAAACAGAUUAUAAAUGGCCACAGUUAUUUUUAUGUCGAAAGUAUCAUACAUACUUAAAAUAUGAUACAGAACAUAUUGAAAUCAAAGACUUUUCCUUCUGGACAAAAGAAAUGAACAAGUUUAAAGUUAUAGCCAAAGGUACUCCUCUGAACUCAAUGAAUGAUGAAUGUUCCAGUACAGACAGCUGUGAUGACAGCGAAAAUGAAGAACACUUUGAUUAUGAUGAUUUUAUUGAUUACUAAUACAAGUUUUUAUGUAUUUUUAUUUGAAAAUUUACCAGUUUUUAAGUUAUUUUAAUAUUGUACCUCGCCAAGUGACCAGUAAAAUGCAUACAUA